ACAGCUGUUUGCCGUGUGCUGUUGCCGCCCUGGUCGUGUCGUUUCUUUUGAUUUAAUUUGGUUAAUUUUGCGACUAUUAAUUAUCACAUAAAAUGGCCCCACCGAAAGCCAACCACAACCGUCCAUCGGCACGGCGCAAAAAGUCCAGCAACCUGUUGCAGACGCUGCUGGACAAAUACCUGAAUGUGGCCUUUCUCAGGUACUUGGUGCUCGAGCCGGCCGCCUUGCCCAUAAUUAGUGUUCUGAUUGUUUUGGCGGAGGCAGCCAUCAAUGUGUUUGUGAUUCGGCGCGUGCCAUAUACGGAGAUCGACUGGGUGGCCUACAUGCAGGAGUGCGAGGGCUUCCUCAACGGGACCACAAAUUAUGCCCAGCUGCGCGGUGAUACCGGUCCCCUGGUCUAUCCGGCGGCUUUCGUGUACAUUUACUCGGCCCUAUACUACAUAACGUCGCACGGGGCGAAUGUACGGGUGGCGCAGUACAUCUUUGCCGGAAUUUACCUGCUGCAGUUGUGCCUGGUGCUGCGCCUGUACGCGAAGAGUCGCAAGGUGCCGCCGUAUGUGCUUGUGCUGAGCGCCUUCACCUCCUACCGCAUCCACUCGAUCUAUGUGCUGCGCUUGUUCAACGAUCCCGUGGCCAUCCUCCUGCUCUAUGCGGCUCUCAAUCUCUUCAUGGAUCGCCGCUGGACCUGGGGCAGCAUUCUCUUCAGCCUGGCCGUGGGCGUCAAGAUGAAUAUUCUUCUUUUCGCGCCGGCCCUGCUACUCUUCUACUUGGCCAAUCUGGGAGUGCUGAAGACAUUCCUGCAGCUGGCAAUUUGUGGGGUGAUUCAGCUGCUGCUGGGCGCCCCCUUUCUGCUGUCCCAUCCGGUGGAGUAUCUGCGCGGUAGCUUCGACCUGGGCCGCAUCUUCGAGCACAAGUGGACGGUGAACUAUAGGUUCCUGAGCCGGGAGCUCUUCGAGCAUCGCACGUUCCACCUGUCGCUGUUGGGUCUCCAUCUGCUGCUCCUGCUGGUGUUCGCCAAGCCCACGUGGACAUUCUUCCAGAGCUACGUUCGCCUGCGCAGCGUCCAGGAGCAGCUGCAGCCACAAAUUGCAAAGAAGAAUAGCGAAGUCCAAUCCCAGAAGAAGAUCAAGAAGGACGCCAAAAAGCAGAAGGACACGGAGCAGCUAAGCAACGAACAGAAAUCCUUUCUGAAAGCCUUCGAAAAGAGCCUGCAAAAGUCAUCGGGCGGAACAGCACCCGCUGCCGCCCCAGCUAAGGCGGAGUCCGAGCGCUAUGACAUCCACUUUGAUCGGUGCACGCAGCUGGCCCUGCUGCCCUUCUUCCUCUGCAACUUCAUUGGCGUGGCCUGCUCCCGGUCCCUGCACUACCAGUUCUACGUGUGGUACUUCCACUCGCUACCAUAUCUGGUAUGGUCCACACCCUACUCCCUGGGCGUGCGCUACCUCAUUCUGGGCAUCAUCGAGUACUGCUGGAACACCUAUCCCAGCACGAAUCUGUCCAGCUCGGCUCUGCACCUCUGUCAUCUCGUCUUGCUCGUGGGUGUGGCCCGUCAGAUCUUUCAGACCAUGCGGCUGAAUGCUGCAGUCAAACAGCAGCAGCAACAGCAGCAGCAGAAGAAAGCGCAAUAACUAGUCAUACAGCGGUGAUCCGCACUGUACUUGUACCAAAUGAAGAAGCUUCACAUAUGUAUGUAUGGAUGUGUACUUUUA